AUGCACAAAAGCAUUGUGGUGGCAGCACACGACCUGGGAAGUCAUCUGUCGGUUGAUAAGAUAGUCAUUAAAGAUACCAGUACAGAAGGAGUGGUGUAUGAAAUGGAGGAGUUUGUGAGCAGGUUUGGCCCGCCUAAGAAGUUGAUUACAGAUCGAGGCACCUGUUACACAUCUAGUCGGUUUGAAAGCUACUGUAAGUCACAUGGAAUCGUACAUAUUCUAAAUUUGACUCGUAGGCCACAAGCCAAUGGGCAAGUGGAGCGCAUCAACAGCACCAUACUAGCCAUGCUAAUUUCCCAACCAGAGGAAGAACAAAAACGCGAUGACCAAAACGUUUUUUACUGGACGUGUUCAACUWAAUGUGGAGCAAAAAUUUGUACUGUUGAAACAUUGAACGGAAAACACGAAAUCGACGAGUUUUCUACAUUUUCGGAAAAUCAACACUCUCACGCAGCGGACCCAAUUGCUAUUGAAGCAAAAAAAAUUAAAGACAAUAUUAAACAGCAAGCAUUCAUAUCAAAUGUUGAAAAACCAAUUCAAAUAUACCAUGCCGCUAUUUCAGGUACUACAAAAACUAUUUCAUCUCAUAUUACUAAAGAAUCAGCAAAACAAAUUGUCAAACGUCAUCUUCGUAUUAACCUAAAUCAAAAUGAGCCCAAAACAAUUCAAUCAAUAGAUCCUCCACAGACAUUAUGUACAACAUUAUCUGGAGAAUAUGUUUUAUUGGAAAAAGUCAAUCAAUAUACAGUGAAAUGUUUAACUUAA